AAAUAAUUUUCAAACCAGGCCCAUUAAAUGUAGUGGAACCAUUGAGAAAUCUGAGUUGGACAUUUAUAGCAGUGCACAUUUAUCCCUAAAUAGUUUAGUGAGAAAAGCAAAAACAGUAGCCUCAGAGGCAUUAUCAGUACAUUAUAAAAAUAAGACUGAGAGUUACUGGUGUCGUUAUGUCAAUUUUUGUAAAAGAUUUGAUGUAAAUGCAGAUACUCCAUCAGAAGAGCAUUUGGAAGCCUUUAUCAUUUGGUUGGACCUAAUAGGGUUAGCAUCACAAGCACCUUAG